CUUUCACGGACGCCAUGUUUUUCGUCAAAUGUCAAAAACGCUAAAAAUCGUCGCGUGCAAACAAUAUACAGACGAAAAAAGUUAUUAAAAACUAGGGAAGGUGAAAACUAAGUGUUAAAUUUAUCUCAACGCUUCAAUAAAACCGUUGGACGUCGUAUAAGUGGCCAAACGGUCCCAAAAAUGCAAAUACCUUAUUGAAAGACAGUUGCCCCAAGUGUUGUGCAUCAGUGAACUAGACAUUAAUUAAGUUGUUUUAAAGUUUAUUUCAACAAGCAUUGUCUUCUUCGACGGAAGCAAUGGCAACAGCAAAACCUUCAAACCGCAAUGCGGCGUUUGAAGACUUAUCCAACGUCGAGUUCGAAACCAGCGAAGAUGUCGAAGUCAUCGAACAAUUUAAGAAUAUGCACCUGAAAGAAGAGCUUCUUCGUGGUGUCUUUGCAUAUGGUUUUGAGAAACCUUCCGCUAUCCAACAGAGGUCUAUUAAGCCCAUAAUAAAGGGUAGAGAUGUCAUCGCCCAAGCCCAAUCAGGUACCGGCAAAACGGCUACAUUUUCAAUCGCUAUUUUGCAAUCUCUUGAUUUGCAAACGCGCGAAACCCAAGUACUUUGCUUGUCGCCAACGAGAGAAUUGGCGGUGCAGAUUCAGAAAGUUAUUCUGGCUUUGGGGGAUUUUAUGAACGUGCAGUGUCAUGCCUGUAUUGGGGGGACCAACCUUGGCGAAGAUAUAAGAAAGUUGGAUUAUGGACAGCAUGUUGUUAGUGGAACACCAGGACGAGUUUAUGACAUGAUCAGAAGAAGAGCCCUUAGGACCAGAUCUGUGAAAAUGCUGGUCUUGGACGAAGCUGACGAAAUGUUAAACAAAGGCUUCAAGGAACAAAUCUAUGACGUUUACAGAUUUCUCCCACCCUCCACUCAAGUCGUUUUAAUUUCUGCGACUUUGCCCCACGAAAUUUUGGAAAUCACGUCUAAAUUCAUGACAGACCCGAUUCGUAUUUUGGUAAAGCGCGAUGAAUUGACUCUUGAAGGAAUCAAACAAUUCUUCGUCGCCGUUGAACGUGAGGAGUGGAAAUUUGAUACACUUUGCGACUUGUAUGAUACGUUGACAAUCACCCAAGCUGUUAUCUUUUGUAACACUAAACGUAAAGUCGAUUGGUUGACUGAAAAAAUGCGUGAAAACAAUUUCACCGUCAGUUCAAUGCAUGGUGAUAUGCCCCAAAAAGAAAGGGAUAACAUUAUGAAGGAGUUUAGGUCGGGCCAAAGUCGUGUACUUAUAACGACAGAUGUGUGGGCGAGAGGUAUUGAUGUCCAGCAAGUCAGUUUGGUUAUUAAUUACGAUUUGCCGAAUAACCGUGAAUUGUACAUUCACCGUAUUGGUCGGUCUGGGAGGUUUGGUAGAAAGGGUGUUGCUAUCAAUUUCGUCAAGUCGGAUGAUAUCAGAAUUUUGAGGGAUAUUGAACAGUAUUAUUCCACACAGAUUGACGAAAUGCCGAUGAAUGUCGCCGAUUUAAUUUAAACAAAUAAUCAUUUUUUAUGUUCUUAUAUUGUGUAAGAAGAAUUUGUGUAAUAAUUAAUAUGGGAAGUAAUAAACUAUUAAAUGAU